GAUAUGGUCGAGUCCCACAGGGGCUUUUGCUUCAACAGCUGGCACAGCGAAUCCGUGGAUGUCGACCGAGUGCAGGAAGACGUCCGAUCCGAGUCCUGCAGAGAGCGACAUGGCAACUACCCCUGCGCGCUCCCAAAGGCCAGUGUAAUCAUGGUCUUCCACAACGAGCAUAUGCCAACCUU